AUGAGGAUUUUCCUGGUUUGGACCCUUUUCCCAGGUGGCUGGGCGGUGACAGGCCCUGCGGAACUGGUGGCCGAGCCAGGGGGCUCGCUGGAAGUGUCCUGCAGCUACGAGCCAGGCUAUGAGCUCUACUCCAAGUACUGGUGCCGCCCGGGCGCCCUCUGGUUUUGCUGGACCUACAUCACGCAAACCGACGGCUCAGAGUCGAUGAGGACGCAGGGCAUGGUGUCCAUCAGGGACAACCACACGGCACACUCGUUCACGGUGACGCUGAGCCACGUCACACCGGGGGACACAGGCUGGUAUUACUGUGGGGUGAAGAGGAAACUGGGGUUCAACCUGAGGCACACCACCAAGGUGACGGUCUCCACAGAAGGCAGCAACGUGGGCUCAUUCGCCACCGACUCUCUGUGCCUCCCGGGCUGUGGGGAGCUUCCAGUGCUGUCCCAGCAUGGUGUCAUCAUCCUGCUGCUCCUCCUGGGUGUGAAGGUGCUCGUGGCACUGGCCCUGGCAGUGCUGCUUAACGUCUUUGCCAGGAACAUGGAUGGUGGCAUUGAGGGCACCCUCAGCAAGUUUGCUGAUGACACUAAACUUUGUGGUGUGGUGGACUCACUUGAGGGAAGGCAGCCCAUCCAGAGGGACCUUGAUAGGCUUGAGAAAUAG